UGUCGAUCUCUAGUCGUCCCCAUGUUCCAAACCACCGUCUGUGCACAUAUGCGAUACAAGCGACGCGUCAGUCGUCGAGCGCGAAACCGUCUGCUGCGCGUGCAUCGCCGAAACUGACACCGACACCGAAACCGAUACCGUCACUUGUGGCACCGAAAGGUCUGACGAACGCCCCGCCGGCAUACGCUCCGAUAUUUGUAACACUGUCAAGCGCUGUCAGGAGGUUUUAAAAUCAGCAAGCUUGAUUUGCGGCAGUUGGGGGUCGAAGAUUUCAGCGAAGAUAUCUUCAACAUCGAACCCGUGUCAAAAUCAAAAUAAAAAAACGUAGAAAAUAAUUUAAAAAAUGUGUAACGUAACACCUAAGAAAGUGGAUGUGUCAUGUUCAUGCACAAAAUGUGACUCUGUAUUUUGUUUGGCAAAGGAGAAUGAUGCCAAGUCCUGCUCAUGCGAGGACUGCUCAGGCUCCAAGAGCUGCCUGUUCUACUCAUCAGUCGGCGUGUAUGGGAGUCACUCGGACGCAACGAACGCUCGUUCUCCUUCAAGAACAUUGCCGGGGGUGGUGUCCAAUGUAGCUCGAUACAUAGCAUCCAGUGUAGUUGGGUUAGUAUCUCCUCAAACUAUCAAUUCAACAUGUUGUGCGACAUCGACAGCUACAAAUGACACUGGUACUAAUACAAUAGAUUUGUAUAGAAAACUUAAUUCGCCAAAUUCGAAAUGUAAAAUGGAACAGAUAAAGAAAACAUACUUGACCCAUAAAAAGAAAGUUAACGCACCUGUCUUAGCGUGCAAUACAGAUAUCUGCCAACCAGAUCAACAAGAUUUUAUACACAAAAAAACUGUACCAAGUGAUCGCACAACUGAAAUAUAUAGAACUGAGAUAUUAAAACAAAAAUUGACUGCGGAAGCACUUAAACCUAUCUAUGUGCCAACUUCAAGUUCAGAUAAAAAACCUGAGGAACAAAAUUGUACUUUUGAUAAAUGUUCAAAAUACAUGUUAGAAAAACUCAAAGGAUAUAGUAUUAAUUUAAAUAAAAAAGGUCAAGUCGAACAAAUACCUCAAGCCACUCAGCCAAUCAAAGAGCCAAUCAAACCAGCCAAAACAGAUUUCGAAUUCACACAUAUAUUGGAUUCAAAUUGGAAUACAAUUGAAAUACCCGGAAACCAAUAUGCAUCUCAGAAUUGUGAAUGUAUUGUUUGUGUGGAAAAUAAGAAAACUAAGGACGAGACCCUCGUAUUAAUGAAUGAACCUCCUGGAUAUAUACUUGAUUUACCGAGAAUUAAAUUACCAAAGAAAUAUUUUCCCCACUCGAAGUCUUGCAGUUGUGAAGGUGAGAAAUCAAAGUCACCUAAGAAACAGGAACAAAAGUGUGCUAGUAUGUCUAAAUCCCCACAAGGUUGUACAUGUGAUAACCCGAAGCCGAGCGAAGCAGAGCAAUAUGAAUGUAUGAAAUGUACGGAAAGUACGAACGUUAAACUAGAGACUGCUGGAUAUGUAAUUGAUUUACCGAUAAACAAAGUACCAAUAAAAGAAAGUUGUGCUGAUAAAUUGAAAAAAGAAUGUUUUCCUAAAUCAACCUUUUGUAGUUACAAUUGCGAGGAACAAAAGCCUUUACAUAAAGUUGAACAAAAUAAACCGAAAAUGGAAUCGAAGGGAACCAGUCAAUCACAGUUCUAUUCAGAGAAUACGGAGAUUCAAAAUACACAAGAACUGUUUCAAGUUAAUCUUGAACCCCAGCUUGAACAAGUACAUAAAGAUGUAGGUAAAAAGGAAGGCUGUGAAUUCAAUGUACCAAAAAAAAUGAAAUAUGAAUCUAGUGGGUACGUCUUAGAACUAAAACAAUAUAAACCAACGAAAAACGCACAAGAAUUAGUUAAAGAUGUACUUGUGACACAAGGAAAUGUUGUGAAUGAACUACCAAAUAUGGAUAUGUUUAGGAUAAAAGAAUGCGAGUGUAAAAUAAAACCAAAAAGUAAGUGCGAACUAUCUGGAUGUCCGGUACCAAACAAUGCACCUAAACAGAUAUGUACCGAUGUAAUACCUAAACCGAAAUAUGACGAUGUUGUAUGUUGCGACAAAUGUGGUAGUUGUAAAAAUAAAAACGAAAUGCCAGAAUAUGAAAUGACACCUGAGAAGAAAAAGUGUGAAUGUAGUGAAUCAAAACUUGAUUCAUCCUCGACUACAUGCGAGUUACCUAGACUUGUGCAUUGUAUGAACCCAGAACCUCAAGACGUAUGCGGAUGUUCAGAAUUUGAAAAAAAUAAACGAGCAUAUACUGAAAAUAAUUCAAAUAUGAAUAUAGACUGUAAAUGUAGAGCAACAGCAAAAUGUAAAUCAUCUGGGUAUGUGUUUGAAUUACCGAAAUACAUACCUUGUCCAUCAGCUCGGAAAGAUAGUUGUGGAUGUAAAGGGCUAGACAAAAAUAGGGCAGGAUCAUAUGGAAAUGUGUUUGAUUUACCAAAGCCUAGUCAAAAACGUUGUAAGUGUCCAGAAUCUACAAAAAACAUGUUUGAUGUUAAUCGAAUUGAAAUGUCAUCUAACAUUACGAAUAAAAAUAAUGAGAAAUGUGUGUGUAAAGGCACAGCCAAAUGUAAACAAUCUUCUAUACCAGGGUAUGUGGUUGAUUUGCCAAAAAGUAAGACGGAAUGUUGUGAGUGUCCUAAAAAACUAAAACCGAUUGUUGAAAAAAAAUGUGAUUGUGAUGAUGCAAGCAAAAAUGUAACAAAUAACAAUCAAGAAUUAUGUCCCAGUCAAGAUUUAGAAAAAUUAGCUUCAAAGUGUAAAGUUAAACGACCUGGAUAUAUUCUAGAUUUACCGACAACCACGCCAGCAAAAUAUGAUUGCGACUGUCGCGAGGCAAACAAGCAACCAAUAUGUAUGCCUUCGCCAGAAACACCGAAAAAAAGCUGUGAUUGUCCCGAACCAGAAGAAAAGAUAGAUUUAAGUAAAUACAUAUACGUGAUACCGAAACCUAAGCCACAAACAAAUUGUUGUAAAUGUCCUCAAACGGAACAAAAUAAACCCACACCAGAAACAAAAAAAAGUAGCUGUGGAUGUCGUGAGGCAAAAAAGGUUGAUCAACCAAAAUGUACGCCUAAACCUGAAAGAAGGUGUGAAUGUCCCGAUACAGAAAAUAAGGUAGAUUUAACCAAAUAUGUAUAUGUGUUACCGGAACUACCGCGCACACCCAAGACGAAGUGCGAAUGUCCCGAGAUUAAGCCGAAAGCCACCUGUGGAUGCCCUCGCGAAACGGUAGUAUGUAAAUCUAAACCAAAGUCACAAAUAGACACGUGUAAGUGCCCUAUUUCUAAAACACCAGAACUCGCAAUGGAUUCGUCCGGAUUCGUGUUAGAUUUGAAGGCAUCAUCAAAAAAAGGUUGUGUGUGUAACCCGUCAGAACAAAAUAGAUCCGAAUUAGCCGGAUAUGUGUUAGAACUACCUCCAUGUAAAACUACGGCUCAUAAACCUGACAAAUGUGAAUGUACAACGAGAAAGAAAUCAAUAUCAAAAGCCAGUCAAGUGUACCGAAUUCAGACAACUGUCAUGACUCCGGAAACACAAAAUAUUUGCAAUAAUAUGCUUGGCAAACAAUCGGAUACACACGAGUUGCUUAAACAUUUUUAUACCCCAUGCUCAACACCAAUGAGACGUACUGAUUUAUGUAAAAAUAUAUUGAAAACACAGACAGAAGCAAUUGAAAUAUUAAAAAAGGUAUAUUUACCUCAAAAAGAAUCACCCAUAAACUCUGAUGAACCUGACAAAAAUCAAAAUUUGCCUAGUGAUGAUAAAACAAAAGUCGCAUGCCCUAAAGAAUGUCAGAUGACAGAAGCUGAAGCUGACGGAGCUGCAAAUUUACUUAGUACAGCAAUGCUUAGUGCAGAAGUGAUGAAUAUGCCUUAUACAGAAUUAAACGAUUCGUUAGGCCCCAAGCAAUCCGAUAUGGAGAAACCAACAAAACUUUCUAAAUAUGAUAUUUUAAAAAGAAUAGAAGAAGCUUACAAAGCCUGUAGUUGUAAAGUUUGUGAAUGUAUUGCCGGUAAGGACAAAACCGAGCCUUGUGAAUGCAAUGAAUGUCAAAGCUACAGAAAUCAAACUGAAACAAAAAAAUCAAAUAUUGGCAUGGACAUUAACAGCAAAUAUCAGUGCCAAAGUUGCACCACGAACACACGUUUCGGGUCUGAGCAUGGAACAAUUAAUCAUCAAAUGUGUGAUUGCAAACCUUGUAAUUGUGUGGAUUGUGAGAGAAGUAUGGCGAAACUGUGUGCUUGCGAACCGUGCCAGUGUUUGCAAUGUAAAACAAGAAGUAUACACCAGAGACAAACUUUAGUAGUUGCGCCUGUUGGAAGAGAAGAGAAUGUUCAACGUGUAGCAUGUUCGUGUUCGCCGUGUGAUUGCAUCGAAUGUGGACUCGUACACCCCCUGCCUUCUAACGUAAUGCAUGAAGUGUCAACGGGAACAAAUAGACACGCUUUAUGCAGAUGCGAAAUUUGCCUUAAUGAACUUUGUGAUCGUGGCGUUGAUUCCUGUUCAUGUCAAAGGCGAAAUAAGGUUAUGAGUAAGCCAGUUGAAAAAAGUACCCAUGAUUUCGAUAUACGAACAGCUACAACGAAUAAUAACAAACUCCUAUAUUCACGCAGAAGAAGAAAAUCGUCAACCCACAAUACCAUAGCCAUGUAUGCAGCAGUACCAACGAAUUACCAUGCCUUAACUUCUAAUGAUGACGUAUCAAGCAAUGAUCAAAUGUGUAAUUGUGAUGAAUGCGAAUGUUUAAAUUGCGUUUGUCAAGAGGAAACUUGGAAGGUUAUGAACACAAAAUCGUCUCAACUGUUUUCAUCUUAUAGAACAAUAACAAAGUCCGAUCUGAACGUCCCAAGCAAAUCUAUAUUAAACUCUUAUGAAGAUUGUAAAUCGCUAAGGUCAUGUAGUUGCCAAUUGUGUAAAAGACAGUAUGAUUACAGCCACACCUCCGCUUCCUAUUUUACCGACGACUGCGAGUGUAAACCCUGUGAAUGUGUAAAUUGUGGAAAACAUAUAAUAUCUGACCGUUAUCCGUCAUAUAUGACAUGUCAAAGCAUAAAAGAAAAUCCCAAUCCUGGUAAUAAAUAUAAAAAAGAAAUGCUUGGUAUUGCUAAGCCACUUAUUAAAAAGGGUGAAGUAUUAACUCCAUCUACUCAUACAUUCAAAGUGCAAAAUCAAGCUUUACAAAAAGAAAACUCUAAUGCAUUAAGCGUGUCAGUAAAAGAAGUGACAUCAAAUAAAAGUUCAAGGCAAAAAUCUCCAAUAACUAGUAUUUGUCAUAAAUUGACAAAUGAAAGUCCACGGCUUUCUAAACAAUCAUCUGGAAUGAGUCCGUCAAUAAAAAUAGGUUCCAUAACAAAUGCAAAUAUAGGCGACAUAAAGAAGACACAUAUUAUAAAUAAAAAUAACUCUAUAGAUAAUGAAAUAUCAAGUUACCUCUCUGGUUAUUCGUCAUUUAAUACAUCCCCUAUCGCAUCUGGUCACAGAAAAUCCGGUGGCUGUACUAGUCCGAUGUCGCGAAAUAAAUAUAAGUCUUGGGAAAGCUCCUGCAAUAGUUCUGGCCACGAUUACCCGGAAUAUUUAAUACAAUUUCCACAAUCAACCUUAGAUACUGGUUUAAACGAUGUUAUGGAAUUAAACAGUAACCAAACAAAAAGUUCAGAUAAAUCAAAUUUAUCUCCAAAAAGAUAUUCAAAUUAUAAUAUUGAUAAAUUAUCACACGAUGAUGUAUCCACUAGGGAAAACACUAAUACAUUUAACUUCGAGAGGACUUCCAAUAAACAAAAUGAAUUUAAAAAAUCACAACAAAGACAAAAAUACUAUGAUUCCAAUAACAACUGUGACGAAAUGUCCUCUUUCCGUGACCUACCAGAACAUGCAGAUGAACUUGCUAUAAGUUCUCAAUUUUACAAAUUGGAAAUGAAAAACAAGUCAAAUUAUCACAAGAAUAAAAAUAUCAAACAUAUUACAGACAAGGAUAAUUUACGAGAUCCUAGAUAUCUUACAGAUAGCAGAUAUUCAUUAAAAAAUGAUGGAAAGAAGAAAAACGAUUUUAAUUUAAACAAUAAAUUUAAUGAUUUUCAUCGGACUCGAAAAGUCUUUGAUUCUAACAUAGUGCAGAAAAAAACCGCCAGCGCUGUUUUGCCUGUGCCUAGAGAGGGACAUAAUUUGUGGCACCCAAAAUGUGUACCGCAUCCAUUUUUAAUUAAUAAUACUGACAUUAUAAAUGCAGCUGACCUUAAAAGAGUGCGCAAAACUCUUAAGGAAGCAAAGGAGUUUUCUUUAGAGUUGAUGAGGCUUCUAAUUAUGUAUGAAAAUGCAAAUAAAGAAUUUGAAAGUAUAUCUGAUAAGCUGCAAUUAUCCCACGCAUGUCUGGUUAGUGGUGAUUUUGAAGUUAGGAGAGAUAAAAACGGUGAUAAAAAGGAUAUUAUAAAGGCAAAACAAGAUCAAGAAAAGUGCUCUAACUUAAUUAAAGAUGAGUUACAUGGAAAGCACUCAGUACCACCAUCUGGUGAAAUUAAUACAGAUCUGCAAACCACCAUAUCUAACAAGAAUGUUUCAAAUUUGAAAAUAGUUAGAGGUGAAGAUAAUUUGUCUCAAGAUAUAACUCGAACACGAAAACUAAAUCUGUUAGAGGAAAUUGAGUCCAAUUUAAAUAGAGAUGAACAACUUUGUAAGGACAUGGCAAAACAAGAAACCAAUGAACAAAAUAAAACGGCAGAAAAUACUGCAACGAAAGAAGACAUUAUAAAUGUCUCCUUCAAUCAAACAGAAGAGAUACCAGCUGAGAACAACAAAGCCAUAAGAAAAAAAGAGCAAACAAAUAAGAAAAAUAUUAAAAAAAACAAAAUGUCGAAACGUAAAGUAACCAUAACAAAAAGGAUUAAUGUGCGAAACUCGAAUGAAAUGAAACCCAAAUCAUAUCAUAUAAAACAUCGCGUAACCGUUGGAACAUCAACCACUGUACUAUCUGAUAACACUACAAAGAGAGCCAACGAGCCCAAUACGAAUCUAUCGGUUAAAUUUUCUGAAAAAGAUGAUAAACAAAAGCAUAAUGCACAAGAACAUUGCAAUGAUUUAAAGCCGAUUAUGAAGAAAAUAGAGAGCAUUUUUGCAGGUAUCAGACAUAUUCCUAUAUCGACUUCUACUGAAACUAAUGAACUUAGUAACCGCACGGAUAACUAUGCGCCCAACAACACUGGAAUCAACCAUGAAGUUAGAGAAAGAACUCCUUGGCCAAUUUUAAGAAAAAACUUCAGUUGGAGUGCUGGACCACGAUCAAAGUAUAAUGAAAUGGUUAAUUUUCCGUCUUUGGACCUUGAAAUAAAACAAAGGGUGCAGUCAAUAUCACAACAGACUGCUACAAUCAGGAAGAGACGUCACGAAAAUAAAGCAUUAGCCAGUCUACAUGUUGAAGUGCAGAAACUCUUGAAUAUGCCAAUAUUACAAUCGCAACAGGCUAACCAACAUCCGAAAGAAAACUUGAAUAAGCAACACAAGAAAUUCUUUCAGACAAUAAUAACGGAAUCAAAGGUUGAAGAAAUGCCGGAGUCGUCGCGCAGGAGUGAGGUGGAUAAAGGAGUGGGUGGCAGUAACGCGGGAAAAAUGAAAUCAGAAUUCGAAGAAACUCCAGAAUCGUUAAGUUCAAGCUGGAGUAUGGUGGACGAAGAAGUGUGUUGCUGUGUCGAGAAUAAUGUUAUUAAAUCGGAGAACAAAGAGAGGCCAGAGUUAGUGGACAGAGGAUCUCUAAACUCUUUAAAAAUCUUUCAGAACAAAAUGGAACCGGAAUCUAAAGAAUCCUUAGUCAAUACAUUCAUGUUGGAGUCUUGUGCGUGAUGUGGACCAAUACCUAAUGGAUACUUUGCGACGGACGGGCUGUAUAGAAUCCUUACACCAUUGAAAACCAUUGCCGUAAUGACAUGCUUGCCGAAUAUAAAUGAGCUUUUGCUGACAAUUCGUAUGUACCAUCACCAAAGAUGUCCCAAAGGCAUCCGGCUAGUAGCUACAAUAAUUUAUCUACAGAUCUCGAGUGACAAUAAAAUUUUGUCGUUCUAUAA